UCUCUCCGUGCCCUGCCGUCGAAACUUCACCAACACUUCACAAAAGUUCUAAAAUUUCAUCGCCAAUUUCUCACAUUUUCCCCUAGUAAUGAGUAAUGGAGGAGGCCAUGGAACUGGUCUAGAACACCAGUUCGCUGCACUAGAGUUGAAGGAUGGCGGACGACAGGAAGCUAAGAGGUACAUUCCUCCCCAUAUGCGUCAAGGUGGGGAUGUAAGCAGAGGUGGAUUUCCCAACUACCCCACAAGGGGGAAUUUUAACAACAGCUUCAACAGAGGUAGACCAGGUCCUCCACCAGCUGGCAACUUCCCAAACCAGGGUGGAUUCCCAAAUCAACAACCCCAGGACUUUGGUGGCGGAUACAGCCGAGGGGGCGGAUACAGCCGAGGUGGCGGCCGGGGCAACUACCGAGGUGGAAAUGACCGCGGAGGUUUCAACGACAGAGGCGGGUUCAACAGCCGGGGAGGCGGCUUCAACAACCAGGCGUUCGAUCGCAACCGUGGUGGUGGUGGCGGCAACUUCCAAGACAGGGGGUACAACCCGGCGAUGGAGAACCCCGCUUUCAACAACCAAGGUGGAGGCUUCGGUGGUGGUGGUGGUGGCCGUAACUUCAGCAGCUUCAACCGGGGGCAACAGGGCGGAGGAUUCGGAGGGCGUUCUGACAAUAACUGGGGAGGCAGCGGCGGUGGAAAGCCCUACCAGAAGAAUAACCGCUGGAAUAACGAUGAUUCGUACGGCCGUGGACGAGGACAGGAAGAAGUGACGGAAGAAGACUGGUCCAAGCCUCUGCCAAGGAAUGAACGACUAGAACGUGACCUUUUUGGGUUGACAAACACCGGCAUCAACUUCAACAAAUAUGAGGACAUUCCAGUGAACGCAACAGGAGAGGACUGCCCAGAACACAUUGAGAGUUUCAGCGACAUCAACCUGGGUGAGAUCAUCAGUAACAACAUCAAGUUGAGUAACUACACUAGCCCAACCCCAGUGCAGAAAUACGCUAUACCGAUCAUCAAGGGGAAGCGAGAUCUCAUGGCAUGUGCCCAAACAGGCUCUGGAAAGACAGCUGCCUUCUUGGUGCCAAUCCUAUCCCAGAUUUAUGAAGGCGGACCAUACAAGUCAACUUCUGGAACAGGGGCCAAUCGUCGUAAGCAGUUCCCCUUGUCUCUGAUUCUGGCACCUACCAGGGAGUUGGCCUCUCAAAUCUAUGACGAAGCAAGAAAAUUUGCCUACUCUUCCCGUGUGCAUGUAUGCGUAGUCUACGGUGGGGCAGACAUCGGAGCACAGAUGAGGGAGCUGGACAAUGGCUGUCACAUGCUAGUCGGCACACCAGGACGUCUUGUGGACAUGAUGGAACGCGGCCGCGUUGGAAUGGAGAACAUCAAAUGGGUGGUGUUGGAUGAGGCUGACCGUAUGCUGGACAUGGGUUUCGAGCCGCAGAUUCGUCGCAUCGUCGAGGACGACACCAUGCCCAAGACCGGUUUACGACAAACACUUAUGUUCAGCGCCACCUUCCCCAAGGAAAUCCAGAUUCUGGCACGUGACUUUUUGGACAACUACAUCUUCUUGGCGGUUGGCCGUGUCGGCAGCACCAGCGCUAACAUUACCCAGAAAGCUGUCUGGGUAGAAGAGAGUGACAAACGCUCCUUCCUCCUGGAUCUGCUUAAUGCAGCAGGUAAAAACGAUAUGACAGGUCCUGAAUCCCUCACCCUCGUCUUUGUUGAGACCAAACGUGGCGCAGACGCUCUGGAGGAUUUCCUCUACAAGCAGAACUACCCGGCAACCAGUAUCCAUGGCGACCGUUCCCAGCGUGAACGCGAAGACGCCUUGAAGUCAUUCCGAUGUGGACGCACUCCCAUCUUGGUAGCGACGGCUGUUGCUGCUCGUGGGUUGGAUAUCCCCAACGUCAAACACGUCAUCAACUUUGAUCUGCCCGGAGAAAUUGAGGAAUACGUUCACCGCAUCGGUCGUACUGGACGUGUCGGCAACCUCGGUCUUGCCACGUCUUUCUUCAAUGACAAGAAUCGUAACUUGGCUCGUGACCUGGCCUCUUUGAUGGUGGAGACCAAGAUGGAUCCCCCAGCCUGGCUGGAGACCCUUGCGUUUGAAACCAAGCAGAGCUUCCAUGGAAAGCGUGGACGCAAGAAUUAUGGAUCAGGUGGAUUUGGUUCCCGUGAUUACCGUCAGACCAACCGUCCCCGCGGUGGCGGGCAAGCCGGUAUCCAGUUCAGUGGCGGGCAUCAACACCAUGCCCAGGUGCCGUUCACCCCCUUUCAGUACCAGGCCCAGUAUGGAGGAAGCUACACUCAGGCUAACUCUGGUGGUGGGAGUGGAACCGACUGGUGGGGUAGCUAGAUGCCCUCUAGAGAUGCGGUAAGACCAUUCAGGGUGUGAGGUACCUAUUCCCAGAAACCGAAGAAGCCCUAAUCAGCUUUUUACAAGAUGACUGGAUUUUUUAUGUUUGAGAUUGUUUGAUCUUGUCUUGAAAACAUUCAUAUAAAUCCUGUAAACAAAAACAAUUGUAAACUAUUCAGGAUUCGUUGUGUUUUUUCUUUGAUCACAGCACUUCAUAAAGUAAAUAGAGACUGAUCUUUUUUCUGUACUUCAUAAGCAGAAGAAGAAGAAGAAAUAUUUAUAAUCAUUGAGGAGUCUCUAUAUUUGUUAUAAAAAGUAAUAAUUUGGUUUGAUACCGAUGAAGAAAAACAUUAGAAAUUAUUAUCAAGAAUUGGGAGGACAUUGUCUUGAUUCAUGUAGACUUUAAAAACUAUUUAUAAACAUGACGUCAUCAUGUGACACGUAUGACAAUUUAUAGACUGGUACCGAGCAUCCUGAAAGUAUGGUAAUCAACAAACAAAAAAGGAACCAGACAGGACAGGUGGCUUAUAUAUGUACCACCACCUGUUUUCUUGUCUUUACUAAUUGAUUGAUUAAUUAAUUACAGUAAAUUGAAUGUUAUACUUAAAGCAUAGUUGAUGUUUUUUGGCAGUAGUUUUUUUUUUCUGUAGGAGUUGGUAUAUUAGUUCUGGCCCCUGCGUUGUUAGUAUUUAACGGUUAUUAAAUAUGUAGUGUCAGUGAUUAAAAAGUUUCAAAAUUUAACACAAAUUUGCGGAGUUAAAGGACAACAAAAUUGAUCUAUAAAUUAAACAGAUCUUAUGUGAUACUCACAAUCUAAGUUCUCUUGAAAGUUCACUUGGAUUUAUAGUGUCUAUAAACAACAAAUUUGCAAUAUGUGUUACGCACAAAUAUCAGACAAGUUCCAUUGGGUAAACGGUCAGUCGGACAUAAAUGACUGAAUUGCUCUGCCGUUCAUUCGGUGACAGAGCCACAAGAAUUUAUUUACCAGCAGAUAUUCUUGGACUAGGCUGUUGUCACUGUAAAGGAUCUGCCUCGUUGAGAAAGUAUUCACAAUGUCUCACAGAGUGAAAUAUUACCCUCCUGGCAUAAGUUAUUAAGUAUAUAUAUUUUAAAAAGUGACUUGUUACACAAGAAGUGUUGGUUCGGCUGUGCGAUGUUUUAAUGCACUCGUUUAUAGCUUGAGCCAAUUGGCUUAAUAGUAGUGAGUGAAGUGCACUUGUUGAUCAUUAAUUGAUAAGUAGCGCUCAGCCUGUGCAAAGCUUUUGCAUUCACAUGCAUUCUUUGUAUAGGCUGAACAGCUACAUGUAUCAGUUGAGGUUUAUAUGUAGAGUUUAGUCCGAGUGGCAACUUUUUGUCACUUCUGAAGAUCUUAAUUUUCUGCAUGGUUUUUUGCAGGGGCCAUAGUUGUUUUAUUUGGUGUUUAACGUACUUUAAUCAGUGCAUAUUCUGUUGUUCCAUAAGUUUGUUUUUCCUUGAGAGACUCUCCUUAACAAAAAUGAUGGUGGAAAAAAACAAAACUUUUUUUUGUGAUUUCAUCUUGCGCCGUCAUUUGAAGGAACAAAAAAAAAGGAGACUUCAAGAUGACUUAAAAUUCAGUCUGGCCGAACUUUUCACCAGAAAGAAAAGUGAUUUUAAAAAAUUUAAAUGUCAAAAUAUGUAAACUCCAGAUUGGCUGAUAUUGUUACAUAGUCAAGUAUUUAAAAGCAACACGAAGCUGAGAAUUAAGAUAUUUAACGUCCUACUUGACUAAAGUUUCGCUUGAAUUGUUGCAGUAUCCCUCAACAGGUCCAACUCUUGGACUUACUUUGUGCAAUGAUCCAGAAAGACUUUUUAUUGACAAACUGGCAAGAUUGGCUAAAUUCUUGCUUGAAGUUACACUUUUUUGAACUGUGUUUCUUUUGUACAUAACCACUGAACCGAUGCCAGGGAAAACCUUUGCAUGAAUUCUAAGUAAAAUGUUGAUUAUUCGUAUUUAUGACACAUCUACAUAAUAUGUGUGUGCGCAACCCAAUGUAAACAAAGGUUGAAUGAUUUUCUUUGAGCUAUAGUUUUGUUUUUUUCAAUUUCUGAGAUGAAUAUCAAUUUAAGGUCUACCCUGGUCGUCACUUUGAUCCUAAGAAGGAGUUCCGCAGAUAUAAGGUCUCCUGCAAGAUCGAUAGUGCGAGUAUGAGUGCCAUGUGAAACAGAUUAGUUCUUGUACUAAUCGCUUAUGCGUGUGACAUCAUCGUGACAUCACUGGUUGUACUAUUUCAUUGAAGAACAACAAACUAUACCAUUGCUGACUGGUCUGGGCCUUUCGAAAAAUUAUUCUCCUUCAAAAAUUGGGCUUGAAAUUUGCUGAGUAUAUAUAAGGUUCUAAUAUUCCUCCCGUAUUUAAGAGUCAUUUUCAGAUUAAGGGAAUGUAUCUUCUUGGCUAUUAAUAAGAACAUUUCUUACAUGUAACCGUUAAGUAAGAAAUGUAAAGGAGUUGUGGAUGUAAUUUAGUGUCUAGGGGUAUAUCGGCCGAAUUCUGGGGGGGGGGGGGUAGUGUAACUGUAAGUAAACAUUUCCUCAGUGCUUAUGUAUUUUUUUCUAAUCAAGAAGUAUCUCACUGUUGCUGUUGAGAUCUUCAAUACUGCUGGCUCUGUGUUAGGAUGGUGGAGCUUGGCAGAUGUCUUAAUGGUUGGCCGCGUAGGGUGACUAUAUAUAAACGGGGUUGAAUCCCAGCACCCUGGUUGGUGUAAACCCAGAGUCGCCUUCGGCCAUUCGGAAGCUUUUGUAUCUUUGAGAGCCGGUCUUCAAAAAAAACCUGCCCUGUAAAAACAUUGAAGUUUGAGAUCUCAAACGCCUUUUUUUCCCAAAGAUGUCGGCUCAUUUUGUAGUAAAUGAAGACGGUGUGGUACUUAGAAUACAGGGUAAAUAAAAUCUUAUUUAUAUUAAUGUGGAGUUGCGGAUGGAGCUCCGUCUUAUUUCUGAGGCUUUAUGUGCGUUUGGAAGAAGCUACCCACAUAACCAGCUAAAAUAAAGCAAGCACAACAUUCUUUUCACCCGAUUCGACUAGCCACCAUGGUUCAUAAGUAUUAAAAUAGUGCCCGUGAUACCCUUCUUUAUAACUCUCAAUCCGUCUUAUAAGAAGAGAUGCGGUAUCAGUCAUGAUACAUUGGGUGCGUUCGUUUAGCUUCCCUGGGUCUACCCCGGUGAGUGGCGUUUUUUUCUUCCCAGGACGAACGUUGGUUAUUAUAUGCACACGCUCGUCCUGGAAAAAAAUAACGCCACACACCAGGGUCAAACCAAGGGGAGCUAAACGAACACACCCAUUGUACCAUGAUAGUACAUGGACUGCUCAGUAACUGGCUAGCAGGACCAGUUAGCUUUUUAUAUCACUACUCCCUUGCACUUGUCCAGCCAGACCACUUGAAGUGAGUUCUGACUGAUCCUCGUGCUAGCGGAACCCAUUUAUGAGAGAACAUUGCAGUAUCAUGGGAGGUUUGUAAGCGGAGCGAUGUGACCUUGUGGCCUGUUUGUAAACCAUGGUGGCUACGCAGUUGCGAAUUGGUUGAUCUUUUGAACAAAGAUGUGUGUAUGUAAACAUAAAAAAAAGGCAAUGUGACACAUUUGCUUGGGGCUGUUUAGUGCCGACAGGGGACUUUUCUUACUUGCUGAUGCCGAUAUGGCUUCUCUACCAAAAAAAAAAAAAGAAGAAGAUUUUGUGAUACAAACUG